AUGGCAUUGGAGGAUCACGACGAGAAUAAAGUUACUAGUCAUAUGAGCAUUGUCCUUGGUGUUGGGCUUGCUAUUAUCGGUUUUAUCAUCAUGUGUUUGAUCUUCACCGUCUUCAUCAACCGCCGCGAGCGGGCUUCGACGAAGAAGAGCAAAAAGAAGGAUUAUAGCGAUAAGUUGCGCAAACUCGACGCCGUAUUACCCACUCGAACCCUCGAAGAAUGGUGGGCUAAAGCCCACGGCCCUCCUCUACCCUCCGACUGCGCAGACAAUCAGUUUAUAUGUGUUGUCUGCCUCGACCCUGUCCUCCGUUCACAAGAAAUCAGAGACUUGAAAUGUCUCCACGUUUUCCACCGCGAAUGCCUCGAGAGAUGGUACCUUCAAGACCAUUUCAAUUGUCCCCUCUGCCACAGAGCGUACUAUAUCCAAGAAACGCGCCCGACCAAUGAUUUUGUAUGGAUGGUAUGA